ACGCGGGGGUCUUUGGGCGGGCGAAGUUCCUCCGGCCGGAUGUGAAGGAGCGGGCGGACGGAGCAGGACGGAGCUGCGUCCGGACCAUGAGGCUCCGACGGUGGCUGGUCCCUGCCCUGCUGUUGCUGUGGGGGCCGGGCUGGCUGGAGGCGCUGGGGCGCCUGCCGCGCCGGCAGCGCUACGACACAGUUGAGUCCAUGCUUUCAGAUUACGACAUCCUUUCUCACUCCAGCAUCCAGCAACACUCGCUAAAGAAGAGGGACCUCCAGCCCGAGACACAUGUAGAGCGGCUCUUAAGUUUUUCAGCCCUGCAAAGGCACUUUAAAUUAUACUUAACUGCAACUGCUGAACACUUUUCAGAAAGAUUUCAAGCAUUGAUUUUGGAUGGUGAAGGCAAGGAAAAGGAGUAUCGUGUGCAAUGGCAAGAGUUUUUCACUGGACAUGUCGUUGGAGAGCAUAAUUCCAAGGUUGUGGCACAUAUUGGGGAUGAAGAUUUUACAGUGAGAAUCAAUACUGAUGGAGAAGAAUACAAUAUUGAGCCACUAUGGAGAUUUGUAGAUAAUGAGCAAGAUGAAAGGCUGUUGGUCUACAGAUCUGAAGAUAUUAAAGAUUUCUCAAGAUUGCAGUCUCCCAAAGUCUGUGGUUAUUUAAAGCUGAACGAAGAGGAGUUGGUGCCAAAAGGACUGGAAGACAGGAAGCAAAAUGAAGUAGCAAGCAUCCAUCUGAAGAAAAGGGCCAUUCCAGAUAACUCCAAAAACACGUGCAAGAUGUUGGUAGUGGCAGAUCAUCGUUUUUUCAAAUAUAUGGGCCGUGGGGAAGAGAGCACUACUAUAAACUACUUGAUUGAAUUGAUAGACAGAGUAGAUGACAUCUACCGAAACACUUCCUGGGACAAUGGAGCCUUCAAUGGGUACGGCAUACAGAUAGAGCAGAUUAUCAUCCACAAUGAGCCAAAUCUUGUAAAACCUGGAGAAAAGCACUACAAUAUGGCAAAAAGUUACCCAGAUGAUAAGAAAGAUGCCUGGGAUGUGAAAAUGCUGCUAGAGCAAUUUAGCUUUGAUAUUGCUGAGAAAGCAGCUCAUGUGUGCCUUGCUCAUCUCUUCACCUAUCAAGAUUUUGACAUGGGAACGCUUGGAUUGGCUUAUGUUGGUUCUCCCAGACCAAACAGCCACGGUGGCAUUUGUCCUAAAGCUUAUUAUAGUCAAAAUGCAAAGAAGGACAUCUAUCUAAACAGUGGCUUAACCAGCACCAAGAACUAUGGGAAGACCAUCCUCACAAAGGAGGCUGACCUGGUUACAACACACGAACUCGGGCAUAACUUUGGAGCAGAGCACGAUCCCGAUAGCCUGCCAGAAUGUGCCCCCACUGAAGACCAAGGAGGGAAAUACGUUAUGUACCCAAUCGCUGUCAGCGGAGAUCAUGAAAACAACAAGAUGUUCUCAAGCUGCAGCAAAAAAUCCAUCCAUAGGACCAUAGAGAUCAAGGCCCAGGAGUGCUUCAAAGAGCGCAACAACAAAGUGUGUGGGAACUCCCGAGUGGACGAAGGGGAGGAAUGCGAUCCCGGCCUCCUGUACCAACAGGCUGAUCCCUGCUGCACUGCGGACUGUAAGCUGAAAGAUGGUGCCAAAUGCAGUGAUCGGAACAGUCCCUGCUGUAAAGGCUGCCAGUUUGAAAGUGCACAGAAGAAAUGCCAGGAAGCCAUAAAUGCCACUUGUAAAGGAGAGUCUUUUUGCACUGGGAACAGCAGCGAGUGCCCCCCUCCAGGGAAUGCUCCGGAUGACACGGUCUGCGUGGACAUGGGGAAGUGCAAGGAUGGGGAGUGCGUCCCUUUCUGCGAGAGGGAGAAGAACCUGCGGUCGUGUGCGUGCAAUGAAACGGAUAACUCGUGCAAGGUGUGCUGCCGGGAUGAGCAGGACCGCUGUGUCCCGUACAUGGACGCGAAGCAGCAGUUCCUGUUCCUGCGCAAGGGGAAGCCGUGCACCGUGGGCUUCUGCGACACCAACGGCAAAUGCGAGAAGCAAGUGCAGGAUGUGAUUGAACGAUUUUGGGAUUUCAUAGACCAGCUCAGCAUCAACACUUUUGGGAAGUUCCUGGCAGAUAAUAUAGUGGGUUCUGUGCUUGUCUUCUCCUUACUGUUUUGGAUUCCUCUCAGCAUCCUUGUGCACUGUGUGGACAAGAAAUUGGACAAGCAGUAUGAAGAGAACACCAAGUCUCUGUUUUGCCCCAGUAACGUGGAGAUGCUGAGCAGCCUGGACUCCGCCUCCGUGCGCAUCAUCAAGCCGUUCCCGGCGGCGCCGGCGACGAGCCGGCACCAGCCGCUGCAGCCCCCGGCCGUGCCCGCCGCCGCGCCCCCCGCUGCCCCCGCGCCCAAGCUGGACCCCCAGCGCAUGGACACCAUUCAGGAGGACCCCAGCACCGACUCGCACAUCGACGAGGACGGCUUCGAGAAGGACCCCUUCCCCAACAGCAGCUCGGCUGCCAAAUCUUUCGAGGACUUGACGGACCAUCCCGUCAUUAGGAGCGAGAAAGCUUCGUCCUUUAAACUACAGCGCCAGAACCGGGUGGACAGCAAAGAAACAGAAUGCUAGUGCCUGGCUGCCUUCUGGAUGUAUGACUCCCGUCUGCAACACGAGGAUCUAAAACCAUUUCAUUUAUAGAAAUAUAUGUGUAUAUAUUUUUUGCGAGGGAGUGGGAGAAAUAAGGAAGUGACCUCCUGCAGAUGCUGGUCAUGUGUAUGACCUUCCUUAAAUUUACAUUUAUUAGAGCGUUAUAUCUUUUUAAAAGGAAAAUCCAAACUAAAACCAGCUUGUUUUUGAAGCUUUUUGGAUUUGUUUUUCGAUUUCCUUGACCUUUAACAUUUCCUCCGACCUGUGGUGCAAAACCAAAUAUCCUCCUGGAUACUGGAUCAUGUAUAUUAGCGUUUUUUUUAAUAACUUAAUAUUUUGUAGUCUGACAGCACUGAGAGACAAAAUUAAAGGGCUUUUAAAAGCAGGAGAACACCAUAGUAUGUUCCCUAGAGUAGAUCAUUUAGCAGUUUAAGGUACAUGCAAGCAAAAGCCAAAGCAGAUGCCUUGAGAACAGAAUGAAAGUAACAAAGCAGAGAAAAAUACGGCCUCGGCCUCGCAGCCCUGAAGGAAGAUGCAGAAUUCGAAUCACAAAGCUAUACAGCUUUGAAAUAAACACAAGGAUCAUUGGGAGCCUGUCAAGCCUUAAGGGACUGGCCCUGAUCCCUGAGGCUGCCUUGUCUUGAGGGCAGAGAAAGGCUUUUGUUGGGAGUUUCCCACACGAGGUCUGUCAUGUGUCUGGGAGGAGAAAGAAACCUAAGGGGGGAGAAAAUAGCAGCCGAGGGCCCUCAUAAGCAGCUGUUUACAGCAAUUGUUUGGGUGCAGAAAUGUUUCUCCAAUUGUUAUUUUGAUAUAGGUAACACUGCUGUUGAGGUGGCUGAAGAGCCGAGCCUCAGCUUUCUGUGGCCUGUGGGGCAUAAAGAAAUGGGAGGGGGGCAGGGGUGGAAAUUCACUCCGUUGCAGGGAGGGCAUUUGUUUAACAACAAUGGUGAAGUUAACCAAAAGAGCUAAACCUUUGUUAAACUUACAGGGCAUGUGUAAGGAGGAGACUUCGUGAAUUCCAGUUCCCACACCUGCAGUAGGAUGUCAAAAGCUGGCGAUUGCCUGGUGUCCUCUGCCAGGUGAGCAGGGCAGCAGCCACACACGGCGCGGCCGCGGAGCGACUGACCCGGCAGGAAAGCAGCUCUUGCUGCUGCCCCGCUGCUCUCGCUGGGGAUGAAACUGACACAAAAGGUGGCUGAGGGAGGAAUCGUGAACUGUUACCGCCCGCGCCCAGCCCCGCGGGGUGCGGGAUGGGGGGCUGGGGGCAGGAACCAAAGCUGUGCAGGGCUGGGGGAGUGUCCCCGCUGCCCCCGCCCCCGGGGGCGUGUUACACUAAUACUUGAACGUGUGUGCCUUAUGGUAUUCCUGGCUGACGAGCUGUUCUGUUUUAUACACCGGGUUUGGACUUUUGGGGUGUUUUGUUGUUUUUUUUUUUUGAUUCAGUGCAAGGAAUUAUGUGUGAGGAGUUAAUUUAAUUCCCAAUACAAUAAAAGCUUUUUAUAUUAAAAACCCAACCCACCUCAGUCAAACAA